GUUUGCUAUCGUGUACGCAUGCGUAGUAUGGCUUGUUAGGAGAUGUACUUCCGCAUGCAGCAGCAGAGCAGACUUCUCAAGCUGCAGUUGUUGGUCUGACAGAAACAACUACCAAUGCUACUUGUGAUCUUUCUACUUCAUUUUUAAACUUAAGGUAUUUGUAGAGAAGUAGAUGAUGGCAGGUUUGCAGUGGGAACUUCCUCCAGAGCUGUGCUGUCGGCCGAUGGCGUUUGUGGCUCUGACUGGUUUGGAUGUGGUGUACAACGCUGUGCACCGCGCUAUCUGGGAUGUCUUUAGCACCAACAGACGGGCUGACAGAGUUCCAAUCUCUUUCAAAAUUCUCCCGGGUGACCAUGAGUAUCCCAAAUGUCGUACUAAGCGUACAUCCUACGAGUGGUACAUUCCUAAAGGGAUCUUGAAAACGUUGUGGAUGAACAAGCACUUGAACCUAGUCCCAGCAUUGGUUGUUGUCUUCUACGAACUGGACUGGGAUGACCCACAGUGGAAAGAGAAGCAAUCGGAAUGUGCUACUAAGGUGGAGAUUGUCAGGUCAAGCCUCCAAAGCAGGAAUACCAAAGUGGCUGUGGUUUUAAUUCAGAAGAAAACUCCUCUGCCUCCAGGAGAAGACUUGGUGGCAUCUGAACGAGCUGCAGCUCUUUGCCACGCGUGUGAUUUGUCAGGAAAAAGUCUGUUUGUUCUUCCACACACAGACCACCUUGUUGGUUACAUGAUACGGUUGGAGAAUGCUUUUUACGAGCAUGCUCAGACAUACUAUUACAAUGAAAUCCGCAGGGUUAAAUCCCAUAAGGAGUUUCUCAACAAGACCACACAUCAGCUGCUGUUUGUUCGACACCAGUUUAAAAUUGCUUUCUUCAGUGAGCUAAAGCAAGACACCCAGAAUGCUUUAAAGCACUACAGGACUGCUUAUAAUCUUGUCCAAGAGCUCAGAGCCUACGAGUCAAACAUGCUGGAGAUCAAAACAUUGGCAGGAUUUAUUAACUACAAGGUGUGCCGUCUUUGUUUCCAGCACAAUACUCCUCUUGAUGCUAUUUCUCAGUUCAGAAAGCACAUUGACCUUUUUAAGAAGAAGAUUGGUUGUGCUGAGCUGGCCUUUGAGCAUGCAGCAUGGAUGUCAAAACAGUUCCAGUCUUUUGGUGAGCUUUUUGAUGAAGCAAUCAAGUUAGGCCUACCAGCUAUCCAGACACAAAACCCUGGUUUCUACUACCAGCAGGCUGCUUGCUACAGUCAGGAUAGGAAGCGACAAGCAUUGCAGCUCAGUCAGGCUGGAGCAGUUUAUCCUUCAUCUGACCCAUUGGACACCCAGAAUGCAGGACUGGACUACUAUGGUCAGAGACCAUGGAGACAAGGACAUCAGAGUAUUGAUCCUCCUGACCAAGACAAAGAAAAGAGAGGAAUCCUAGCGUUACAGAUUAAAGAAAGAGAUGUACCACAUUCUGAGGUGAUCAUCACUCUUCUCAGUAAUGCUGUUGCCCAGUUUAAGAAGUACAAGUGUCCACGAAUGAAAAGUCACCUCAUGGUGCAAAUGGGAGAGGAAUACUAUCAUGCUCAAGAUUAUGCCAAAGCCCUCAAGCUGUUGGACUAUGUGAUGUGUGACUAUCGCACAGAACAUUGGUGUGGAAUCCAGUCAGCCAUUUUAACCACAGCUCUUCAUUGUGCCUACCUGAUGGCCAGUGUCAAAGACUACAUCAUAUAUUGUAUGGAACUUCUUGGCAGAGCUUCAACACUGACCAAUGAGCAAAAGUCCCGGAUUGAGCAGAACCUCAUAAAAGUUCUCAAGAACAAGAUUCCUGAUGCUGAGCCUCAGUGUGAUCAAUCUUCUGCUGCUGCUGCACGUGCAAUGUGGAAUGAAAGCAUGACUUCUUGUAGCUCAAACCAAUGUAUUAUUGAUGUGCAGGACUAUAUACCCUUCAUUCAAUGCAAAGCCAAGUUCCAGUCUCCCAGUUUUCAUGUGGACCAAGCUAUCCAACUGCAGGUGUUCUUGAGAGUUGACUGUCCUCAUCCUAUAUCCUUCACCAAACUGGCUGUCAGCUUGAGUAAUCAGGAAUACAAUCAAUGGUGUGUUGUGGAGGCAACAAGUCAGGAGUGCAAACUUCUAAUGCCUGGAAAAACCAAAUGUUACAACUUCAGCUUUGUGGCAAAAACCAAAGAUAUCGGGAAAAAAAUUGAGGUGACUGGUAUCGAGGUCAUGUUUGGCAGUGGUCGCUGUGUGUUUUUGAGAUGGAGAGGUGCCGGCGGGGACGCGGCCUUAACCCAAGAAGUCCUGCAGAGUAACCGGUCAUCAGGCGGGAGUGACGCCGAAGAGGAGCUAGAUUGGGACCGCUUAAACAUCCUGCAAAGUACCAUGAUCAUAUCAAGAGUACCAAAGGUCCAUGUGGAGCUCCACCAUCAACCUCCUGCUCUCAGCAAUGAAAUGUACUGCAUUCACUUCACUGUUCAAUCCCUAGAGGACGCUCUAUCCAAGGACCUGAAAUUGACUGCAGGACUCAAACCUGGCCAAGAUGCUAAUCUAAGCCAAACUACACGCGUGACUCUGGAUAACUCAAAGGUUUGUGAUGACACGGCACUUCCUCUGCUCCCUGACAUACCUUUGGGAAAUCUGGAAGCAGGUGAAAAGCUGGAGAAGUGUGUCUAUGUGACGUGUUCUACAACUGGACCCAGGCUGUUCCUAUUCCACGUAGCUUACAGCGUUGAUGUGAUGGUGGAUGGACGACAGAUAGUGUGCAAAUGUCAGAAGGAUGAAACGAUUACCAUAGAGACAGUUGUUCCAUUUGAGGUUUCUGCCAACUUUAUGUCCACAAAGUUGGAGCCUUUGGAGCAGGUAGCAGUGGAUAUUCCUUUCCUGAUGCUAACAGAGAUCCAAUCUUUGUCCCCUUGGCCACUGCUAUUAGCUUCCUCCUCUCUGCAGAAUUUCACUAUGAAGACCAACACACCACAGCAACUACAUCAAGUCAUUCUGAAGAAAGAUGAGUGUGCAAGUGAGUGCUUCAGUCUUCUUUGUCCACCACUAAAUAAUAACAACAACAACACUGUGGCAACUGGACAAUACCUGAUUUCAUGGAGGAGACAGUCCUCAAGUCCAGACAGUCCUUUAAUUGAAACAACCGUGUCUCUGCCCCACGUCCUUCUGGAGUCUGUCCCACUUCACAUCCAUGCUGAUAUCCCUUCCUUUGGGAGAGUGCGAGAGUCUCUUCCAGUUUGUUUCCACAUUGAGAACAGAACAUCCCUGGUACAGGAAGUGCAGAUCGCUGUGGAACCCUCUGAUUCCUUCAUGUUCUCUGGACUCAAACAGGUGCAUCUACGUAUACUUCCUGGUUCCGAGCAGCAAAUGUUGUAUAAUUAUUAUCCGCUGAUGGCUGGUUAUCAAACGCUGCCUCAACUCAGCAUCAAUGUCUCUCGUUGGUCCAAUAAUGCUUACAACCUCAAGCGCUUUCUUCCUCAUCGAGUCUUCGUCAAGCCGCAGGGCAAAGAUUUGGACAACGACUCCAUCGCUGCAGCGUGACUGAAGGGGAAGUAAAAAUACUGCAGUAUUGUAUACAUUGUACUGUGUAAUUCUUCUCAGACAACGUAUGCUAACAUUUAAUUUACCGUCAUUAUAGAAUUAUUAUUACAACAUUCAUCAAGGAUAACAGUGUAAUUAAAAGAUGACAUUUUGGUGACACAAUGAUCUCUUCAAAUAGUUUCUAUGUUUUAUAGAUAAUUAUUCACAUUUCACAUUGAAUAACAUGACAUCAUGUUUUUUUUAAAUAUACUUUUGUUACGUUUUAUGAUUCAACAACAACAUUUUUGUCAAAUGUACAACAAAAAAUCUGUAAAAAAACAUGAAAUAUAAAUGAAGUAAUUUUCAUAGCUUAAACAUGAACAUUGUGAUUUGUUAUGAUAAAAAUAAAUGAUUAGUUCAUCAUUGAAGAAAUGUGAUUUUGUAAAAAACAAAUGUCUGAAGCAUAAAUUUGAUGAUAAAUUAAAUCAAACUAAACUAAAUAAUGAAAAUAAUAUAGUUGUGUCCAUUUGUGUUAUCAUUUUAAGUGUGAAUAUGUUGUUUUCACCAUGAACAUGUAAACCAUUUAUAACCAUUAAAAAGUUUUUUAAAACAAGAGUAAAUAUUGAAUCAUAGUCAGAUAAUAGUGUUGCUUCUAUUUAAAAUUAUAUUAAAAUGUGUUUUUAUUGAGGCUGUCAAAAUAUUUAAAAUUUUUAUUUGUGAUUAAUUAAUUAACUCAAAAUUAUUUGCGGGAAAUCGCAGAUAUGUAUAAUUUUUCAUCAUUAAUAAGUGUACACUAGGCAAAUAAUUUUCACAUUUUAACCCCAUGAACGGACAAUUCAUUUGCUUUAAAUAAAUGUGUUUUAAACAUUAUGCUUUUUUAAACAGCUCAAGACAAAAAGGAAAAAAAUGAUGAUAAUUUAAAAAACAAAAGGCCUACUGUGUGUUGGUGUCUUGCCAGAUUGUGUAUUAUGUAAAAAUACAUAAUUUCUAUUCCUGCUUUAAGAGCACUUGCAUUCAGAGGAGGAGCUACGCUUCCAUGUUUAGAUAACAGUGUCACGCAUACAUAACACAAAAUGUUGAUUGUUAUAACAAUGCUUUUAUUAUCAAAGAGGUUUUUGUAAUAUCCACCCAUCCAAUUUCUACCGCUUGUCCCUUUUGGGGUCAUUAGGGGCUGUAGCCUAUCCCAGCUGUAAUCUGUGAUAUUUCUACCUGAAUACAUGCUUCUGUUAUGCUGUACAUUACAUGUUGUACAAGUUACUGGUCUUCAUAUUGCUGCAUUGCAAUGUUUUAAUCUUCUCUAUAAAUUAAUCAAAUGUA